UCGCCACUGGUCUUUCAUUUGCCGAACCCACUUCGAGGAAUUUGUAUCUGAUCCAUCCAUUGCAGUGAGCGAUGGAACGAGAGAGAUGAAAACGAAACCCAUUCCUGAUUCUACCUUCAACAACAACAGCGGUUAAUUCCUUCGGAUUACUCCACAACAGUGUUCCCUUUCCUCAAUCUUUGAUGAACUGUUCGUAUUUCAUGAUCUAUAUCUGAAUUACGUCUCUGCUUCAACUUUGGCGGAGAUUCAGCGAAAAUCAAUUUGAUACGAACAGGAAAAUUGCCGACGGUUCAGGGGGCUGAUUUUGGAAGAGGAAGAUUAUACAUUAUCGAUAUAUAGUUGACAGACGGUAGUGUGACGGAGAUGAAGGGCGGCGGUGGCGGAGGGAGUGGAGCUUCUGCUUAUGGAUUUCCGGCGAAGAGGCGAUGGAAAGGACUCGUGAUCGGAGUUCUUGGCCUCGUUUUCCUCUCAAUGCUUGUGCCUCUCGUGUUUUUGCUCGGUCUCUACAAUGGCUUUCACACUACGGGAUAUGCAUCUGACUCGCAAAGUUCAAAACCUGGGUUUCAACCUAGUCAUGUAGAUGACAUAAUCAGAAAAUUGGGACCAACGCUUCCAAAGGACGUAUUUCAGCCCAAUGCCAUUGAACCUAAGAAGGAAGUUGAAGGUUUCAUAGAUGAGAGUCGGGAAACAAAAGGUUUGAAACCUCCAAAAGUUGACGCUCUUCCAACGCAUACCCAUGAAAAUGGUACCAAAGUUGAUGGCAAAGUUCAGGCUACCCAUCGCAUGAUUGCCAUGGACGAAAGUGGAAAACCAUGUGAAUGGAAGUUUGGGAGCUAUUGUAUUUGGCGAGAGGAAAAUAGGGAAGUUAUUAAAGAUUCUAUGAUAAAGAAAUUGAAGGAUCAGCUUUUUGUUGCUCGAGCGUACUAUCCUAGCAUUGCAAAACUUCCAAAACAAGGCAAGUUAACUCAAGAACUGAAGCAAAAUAUUCAAGAGCUGGAACGUGUCUUGAGUGAAUCAACCACAGAUCGUGAUCUUCCACUACAGAUAGAGAAAAAGUCGCUGAAUAUGGAAGCUGCAAUAGUCAAAGCUAAAUCAUUCCCUUUGGACUGUAAUAAUGUGGACAAAAAGUUGCGACAAAUAUAUGAUAUGACUGAGGAUGAAGCCAGUUUUCACAUGAAACAGAGUGCCUUUCUCUUCCAACUAGCUGUUCAGACCAUGCCAAAGAGCCUGCAUUGCUUGUCUAUGCAGCUAACUGUCGAAUAUUUUAGGACUGAUUCAACCAAUUUGGAGAUCUCUCAGGCCGAGAAAUAUGCAGAUCCCACUUUGUACCAUUAUAUAAUAUUCUCGAAGAAUAUACUUGCAUCAUCAGUGGUUAUCAACUCAACAGUUUCACAUGCAAAAGAAAGUGGAAAUCAGGUUUUUCAUGUAUUGACUGAUGGACAGAAUUACUUUGCCAUGAAACUCUGGUUUUUGAGGAAUAAUUAUAAGGACGCAACUGUUGAAGUAUUGAACGUUGAUCAUCUUAAGCUUCAUGAUGAAGAAAAUGCAACUUUCGUAUUACCUCAAGAGUUCCGUAUUUCAUUUCGCACUUUAACUCACUCUNUGACAGAAUACAUGUCAAUGUUUUCACAUCUGCACUAUCUUCUCCCUGAAAUAUUCAAGAACCUGGAUAAAGUUGUGGUUCUGGAGGAUGAUGUUGUUGUCCAGCGAGACCUAUCAGCCUUGUGGAGCCUUGACAUGGGAGGAAAAGUUAAUGGUGCUGCUCAGUCCUGUCAUGUGAGGUUGGGUGAGAUGAAAAGUUUUCUUGGUGAGCAUAGUUACAAUCAAGAUGAUUGCACUUGGAUGUCCGGACUGAACGUAAUUGAUCUGGCGAAGUGGAGAGAGCUUGAUCUUUCUCAAAUUUUCCGUGGUUUGGUCAGUGAGAAGCUGAGCAAGCAGGAAAAAUCAACGGAUGCUGCUGCAUUGCGUGCAAGCUUGCUUACCUUUCAGGGCCAGGUCUACGCUCUUGAUAAUUCAUGGUCUGUUUAUGGAUUAGGUCAUGACUACAAGGUUAAUGUCCAAGACAUUGGAAAAGCUGCUACCUUACAUUAUAAUGGUUAUUUGAAACCUUGGCUGGAGUUGGGCAUCCCAAAAUACAAAGCUCACUGGAAGAAAUUUCUAGACAGAGAAGACCUGUUCUUGAGUAAGUGUAACAUAAAUCCAUAAUAAGUUGAUGAUUCUACCACACCGUCUACUACAUAGGUUCCUUCCAUGAAAUCUGGAGCUCAACUCCAUCAAGUAUAAUUUUCGUUGGCAAAUGGGAUUGCUUGCUCUCAACUGAUAAGCUCCCAACAGAGAACUCAUUUUUAGCUUCAUCCAUAUCAAGUUUGCUUGUGUUUGCUUGUGGUGGCUUCUGAUAUCAUGAGUUUUUAUUGGGAGUUGAAGAAGAAGAGAAAGGGAUAUAGAUUUUUCUGUUUGUCUGUCUGGUAGUUGAUUUGUUGAAUGAGAAUCUGAGUUGGAAAGUGUGGCAAAUAAGGCAAAGAAGAUGCACAAAGGGUACCAAUUAUGUUCACCCAGCAGCAGGAUUGGCUUGGAUUUUUAACUGUUCAAGUCAAUGAGAACAAGAUUAUUUGUCUGUUGAUGUCACUCAUAUUAAGAUAUAAAUACAUAUAGUUAGAUUAGGUUCUGAUGAUUCUAGUGAAACUAUAAUUUUUUUGACAAUUCGUAUUCAAUUUCAUAAUAGAGUUAUCUUGAGGCACUUUGCCUGUGAGUA